AGAGCCCCGGGACAGAGCCAGGACAAGCCCCCAAAUCCGCCCUCCUCUCCUCGCCGCCCAAACCAGAGAGAGCGAGAGAGCGAGAGAGAGAGAGAGAGAGGGGAGAAGAGAGAAGAGGGAGAGAGAGAGAGGGAGGUUUCUCCGCUCCAAAGCCAUCCCCAUUGCCGUCGAAGCUCUCAAAUCUUUGCUUCCUCCGCUUGCAGUUCCUUGCUCCCUCUUUCUUCCAGCAUUGUUCGGAUUGGGAGCUUGAGGAGCUUUUUGCUUCGGUUUUCGGUCGAGAGUAGAGGGAGGGAGUGGACUGGGGAGUGUUUCGAGCGAUCGUGGUCGGAUGAGGUGCGGAUUCUUGCGUUUGGAAUAUUCUGGUGAAAGAUUUCCCUAAAGGUAGAGAUUAGUGGGGUUGGUUUGGGCUUUUUGUCCAGAAAAUUUGAUUCUCUUGUGGUUUUCUCGGGGAAUGGUUGCAGAGUGGAGGCAGGUUGGUGCAGAUGGGUGGAGAGAGUGGGAGAUGAGUUUGGAGGACUUUUUUUAUCAACGAAGAAAUCUAAGGAGUGUGUUGAGUGUUCCUUACAGCUCUGAGAGAUUUCUGCUUGGCUCUCUAAAUUUCUAAAGUUUUUUCGUGUGGUCAUAAUAAAAUACAGGUCUUUUAGUAGAAAAAUCACAAAUGAACAGUAACCGACAGAUGGAGGUUCAUUACAUAAACACUGGAUUUCCUUACACUGUCACAGAAAGCUUUAUGGAUUUGUUUGAAGGCCUCGCAUAUGCUCAGGCUGAUGUUGCUCUUGCAGAAGCUUUUCAAGAUCAGGGAAAUCCUUACUGGUCAAUGAUGCAUACAAACUUGUAUAAAUAUGGAUUGUCUGAUUCAGGCACUAAUAGUUUUUAUUACAGCUUUGACCAUGCCUAUGAGAUAAAUGAUUACACACCCAGAUUAGAUGGAGGAAGGAGGACUUGGGACAACACAACAACAUUGAACAAUGUUGAUUCAACACAGGUAGCUGUGCAUGGAGGUGUCAAUGCUGAUGUAAAUGCAAAUGCAAAUCCUAGCACUGAGGAAUGCAUUCGAGCAAGCCAUAAUGCAAGUGGUCCUCAGGUGAUUUGGCAAGACAAUAUUGAUCCUGACAUUAUGACAUAUGAGGAAUUACUAGAUUUGGGUGAGGCUGUUGGAACACAAAGCCGGGGUCUUUCUGAAGAACACAUUUCUUCACUUCCGGUCACAAAGUACAAAUGUAGCUUCUUUUCGAGAAAGAAGAAACGAGGAGAGAGGUGUGUGAUUUGCCAGAUGGACUACAAAAGAGGGGAUAGACAAAUGAUUCUUCCAUGCAAGCAUGUCUAUCAUGCUGGCUGUGUGACUAGAUGGCUUGGCAUAAACAAGGCAUGCCCAAUUUGCUUUGCUGAGGUUUUUGGUGAGGAACCCAGGCACCAUUGAUGUCUGGUGUGCAAAUACCUCAGAAAAGUUUUCAGCUUUACCACUCCUUCAAGCUGCAUCUUUUUCUCUCAACGUUUAGCUUUACAACAUGGAGUUUAUUACUUCCCUAUCAGGUUGUUCUCAUGUUUGUGUAGUAGAAAGACUGAUGUAGGUUAUAACGAGUGUAGGUAAUGGAACUAUUUGUAUUGGACUUCUUUGGGUGUAUGAGCUAUGAGUCAGACCUCUGAUCUUCCAUCCAAGAAAAUGCUUAUAGAAAUUUUAUUUUGUGCUUGUUAUUCAUUGCGAAGAUGGUGAAAGUUGGUUUGGCAUUGGUGAUGAGGCUGUAAAAGUACAGAGAUUUAUGGUGGACCUGACGUGAUAUUUUGCUGGUGCC